AUGCUCGCGGGUCCCAGCCUCUUCGCCCUCGCGACUCUGGCGCAACAUGUCCUUGCUUUUCCCAGCGCCGCCCAGUCCCCAUCCGCAAUUACCGUCAGACAAUCGACAGCCACGAACACGACUGGGGUGUUCGGGCCUGACAGCAAGAUCUGGGCGGAGGACACGCCGUACUUCCCCGUGGCAGACUACGUCUCGCCACCGUCGAGCUGUGAGAUCGACCAGGUGAACAUUCUGCAGCGCCAUGGAGCGCGCUACCCAAAGAAGAGCCCCGCCAAGAAGAUGAAGUCCGCGCUCAAGAAACUGCAGAAGGCCACCAUUACGGAGUCGUCCAUGCAGUUCAUCAGCGACUUCACGUACGAUCUGGGCACGGAUGACCUGACGGCUUACGGAGCCAAUCAGUCCUAUGAAGCGGGCAUAGAAGCGUACCAGCGAUACAGUUCCUUAGUGAGCGCGGAUAACCUGCCUUUUGUCCGCGCAUCUAGUAGCCAGCGUGUCGUCGACUCUGCUGGUAACUGGACGGCAGGUUUCGCGGUCGCGAGCGACUCGGCCUACACGCCUGUUCUCUCAGUCAUUAUCUCGGAAGAUGGAAACGAUACCUUAGACGACGCAUCCUGCGACGCUCUAUCUGACUCUAAUUCGCCGGGCGACCAAGAAGCCGCGUGGAUAGACAUCUACACAGUGAAUAUCACAGACUAUCUGAACGCAGGCGCAUCCGGGGCGGGCCUCGACAACACGGAUACUCAAUACCUAAUCGAAUUCUGUCCCUUCGUAACCGUGGCAGACCAAGUCCGGAGCGAGUGGUGCGACCUGUUCAGCUCGCUCAACGCCUUCCCGGGUUUCGAGUACUAUGGCGACCUGGACAAGUAUUACGGCACCGGGUGGGGCCAAGGCGCCCUCGGCCCGGCGCAAGGCAUUGGCUAUGUCAACGAGCUCCUCGCCCGGCUAACCAACACGGCCGUGAACGACAGCACCUCGACCAACACCACGCUCGACUCCGACCCCGCCACAUUCCCGCUCAACCGCACGUUCUACGCGGACUUCACCCACGACGACCUCCUCAUCGCCGUCUACUCUGCGAUGGGCCUCUUCCCCACCCCCGCGCUGAACUACUCGAGCGUGGACGACCAGGAGACGAGCGCGUGGCGCGUGAGCGAGAUGACGCCCUUCGCGGCGAGGAUGGUCGUGGAGCGGAUGAGCUGCAGCGGCGCGUAUAGUAGCGGGGAGGGCGAGUACGUCCGGGUGCUCGUGAACCAGGCUGUGCAGCCCAUGUCGUUCUGCGACGCGGACACGAACGACCUGUGCACUCUGGACGCGUUCGUGGAGAGCCAGGCGUUUGCGAGGAACAGUGGGUACGGGGUCUGGGACGAGUGCUCGGAUUGA